AUGGGUAGUACAAGCACACAACUGCUUGGCACGGCCAUAGUAUGCAGUGGCCUAGUGAUACUGAUGUCAUUGGGAAUGAUCGCAGUGCAAUUCAACGAUAUCAACUCGCUUUACGACGAUAUCAUGCUGGAUAUGGCCGAGUUCAAAGUAAUCGCCAACGAUGCGUGGAGAGACAUCACGGCCGUGAACCACCACAAAACACCACAAAGCCACGGCGAUUUCGAUGCGCUGUUCACUCGUCACAAACGUCAAGCCACUGGUGAUCUUUGCAAUUGUGCACAACGUUCAAGAAAUUGCCCAGCAGGCCCAAUGGGUCCAAAGGGUAUGGCAGGAGAGGCAGGCGCAAGAGGACUCGAUGGACUGCCAGGAGCAGUGGGUAAACCGGGUCGUAUUGAGCUGAAAAAUGCUCCUUCAAAGGAUUGCAUCAUGUGUCCACAUGGACCACCAGGCCCAAUGGGACCAGCCGGAAGUGCUGGACCAGCCGGACCAGCUGGAUUGGUUGGACCAGAGGGCAUAUGCGGAAAACUUGGACCACAAGGACCAACCGGACCAGAAGGAGACUGUGGUGUAACUGGUAAGUAUGCUUUCGUUUCGGUGAUCUGUGCUUAG